UACAAUUGCUAGAGUAAGAACCUAAAUUUUAAUUAGUGGAAAAUGCGAUUCAUGAUAGUUAAUUGUUUAUGACACUAUAAUCAUAAAAUUAUUCUAAUUGAAAUGUAAGUAGAAACAGCCUGGUACAUUCAAACGAAGACUUUUCACAACUCGUUUCUUCUUCUUCGUUUCGUACACCAAAGCCAACGCAAAUUGCGAGUCAAACAUGCAGUCCUAAACACUGUCUAUAUAACUUCAAUCAAACUAGCAAUCAGUAAGAAACUCUUAAACAGCCCCUCCGAAAGUACUGUGUAGUCUGUCCCGAUGCCAAAAUAUUCCAAGCACUGCUUUUCCUUUUUUCCCUUCCUUCUCUUUUCAUAUGUUUUGAUUGGCUUCACCAUAAAGUUAGAAACUGCUAGCAGUAGUGGACUAUACGGAACCAGGGAUUCAACCAGGUUAAUGUAUAAUAUCGGUGUAAUUGUUGAUGUGAACUCAAACAUGGGUGCUAUGGCCAAUAUAUGCUUGUCGAUGGCUCUUUCAGAUUUUUAUGCCAAACAUCCAAGUUAUGAAACCAGAUUGUCUCUGCAAAGAUGGGAAUCGCUUGGUGCCGUUGCUGCAGCGCCAGCAGUUGGAUAUCUACCACAGACAUCAGCUGAAGCCUCAUGUGCAAUCCAACUUGGAGACAACCAUUCUCCUUCUUAUAGUCCUUUGCUUAUCAGAACAACCAUGCCUGACUUUUCUCGCCUAGCAGAAGCUACGGUUUCCACUUUGGAAAUGUUUGAAUGGAACAAAGUUACACUAAUAUAUGAAGACAUGGAAUUCAGUAAUUCCAUCAUCCCCUAUCUAACUGAUGCAUUAGUGAACAAGGACAUUCAACUAUCACACAAGAUUGCAAUCCCCAUCUUUGCAGAAGAUUUUCAAAUUUUAGACAGGCUUGAAGUGCUAAUGAGCUCGCAAAGUGAGGUAUUUGUGGUGCACAUGUCUUCAAAUCUUGCGUCUCGUCAUUUCGUAGUUGCAAACAAGGAAGGAAUGAUGGGCAAAGGAUUUGCAUGGCUUGUGACAGAUGGUUUAUCCAACUUUGUAGAUACCAUGGAUCCUAUAGCUAUUGAUUCAAUGAAGGGUGUAAUAGGCUUAAGGCCUUAUGUUCCCAAGACGAGAGCUCUUAAGAACUUCAGAACAAUAUAUAAAAGGAUAUCCAGCAUGAAGCAGAACAAGGCUGCAACUAAGCUAAAUCUUUUAGGUUUGUGGCUUUAUGAUAUAGUUUGGGGAUUAGGUAUGACAGUGGAAAGAAUAGGCAAUGUGAAUUCUGGCUUCUUGAAGGAGAUGAAUGACAGAACUUGGUUAAUAGGAAUCUUGAACCCUAGUUUUAGAGGGAUCAGUGGGGUUUUAGACUUGGUGAAUAGGCAGUUCCAACCUUCGGUCUUUGAAAUUUUUAAUAUAACUGGAAAAAGAAAUAGAGUGAUUGGCUAUUGGACUAAUGACCAAGGAAUAUCUAAAAAUAAUAAUUCAACUUCUCGGAACACCCCGAGAAUACUUCAGGCAGAGGAACCAACGAGAGCAAAGUGGACAAUAGGGGUUCCAAGUAAGAAAGGGUUCAAUGAGUUUGUGAACAUACGGUCAGGGAAUAAGAGCAAUGAUGAUGAAUUACCAGGGUUCUCUAUAGAGGUUUUCAGAAAAGUGUGGGACUUCGCCUUACCUUCCACCACUAGUUAUGAAUUUGUAAACAUUAAUGGAACUUAUGAUGAUUUGUGUUGCCAAGUUAAGUACCAGAAAAUCCACGCUGCUGUGGGAGACAUCUCGAUAGUGGCAAGUAGGACAAAUUGUGUUGAUUUUACAUUACCAUAUUUGGAAACCGGGGUGGCCAUGCUUAUAAAAGUCCGACACGAUGGGCCAAAAGACAUGUGGAUAUUCUUGAAGCCUUUAAGUUGGGAUCUAUGGUUGGUAAUCAUCGCCAUCUGCAUUUUCAUAGGGAUUGUUGUUCGAGUUUUAGAGCGUCGUGAAAAUACAGAAUUUAAUGGAUCAGCAAGAAAGAAACUCAGCACAAUUUUGAUGUUUCCAUGCCAAUCUGUGGCUAUUCCUCAAAGAGAUAUGGUAGUAACCAACGGCUCAAGAUUGGUGUUGGUGGUAUGGAUAUUUUUGGCCUUAAUUUUGAUGCAGAGUUACACAGCAAAUUUAUCUUCAAUCUUGACAGUCAAUCAAUUACAGCCAACAAUCCCGAGUAUUAAAGAACUGAGAAAAUCUUAUGUUGGUUACCAGAAUCAUUCAUUUGUAAAAGGCUUCCUAAUAAAUCAAUUAGGGUUUCAGGAGUCUAUGCUCAAGCCAUAUUGUUCUGUUGUUGACUACCAAGAAGCAUUGUCAAAGGGAUCUGAAAAUGAGGGAGUUUCUGCCAUCUUUGAUGAAAUUCCCUACAUUAAACUAUUUCUUGCUCAAUAUACUACAGGCUACCUCAUGGUUGGGCCCACCUAUAGAACAGAUGGGUUAGGAUUUGCAUUACCAAUAGGGUCGCCAAUGGUUGCUAAUUUCUCGAGGGCAAUCCUGAAUUUCACUCAAGGAAAAUACAUGAAUUCAUUGGAGUAAAAGUACUUUGGCAUGGUAUCCAUAGAUCAAGACGAGACUGGGGCAGUCUCUUCAGCUAGCCCCAGUCUUACUUCAAGGAGCUUUGGUGGCCUCUUUAUCAUUAUUUCCAUCAUUGUCCUUUUAGCCUUGCUUAGCUCAAAAAUCCAUAUCUUGCGAAGGCUCAUCCAAAGAUACAUCUUUAGCAAUUCUGGUGAUAUUUCAGGAUCAAGAGUUCAACCUUCAGCUGACAUUACUGCUAGUAUUGCUCAUCCUCCACAAAUCUACAACGUUGAAGAAAAUCACAAUUCUAACCAGAAUAAUACAGAUGAAUCUAUAGAAGAAGCUAUACUGGAAGGUCACUCAUCAUAGCAUGCAGCUAGCUCAGUACAUAAAAUUUCAGGGCAUCAUGAAUGUAUGAAAUGAUUGCCAUAUCCAUUAUUAACAUUUCACUAUAUAUAUAUAUAUCACUAGUUUUUUAUUGUAUGUCAUUUAAUUAUUUAUUUUUUGUAUAAAUUUUGUAAUGUUUGAUAAAUAAAACGGUUACAAAAUUAAAACAUAAUAAUAUAUGAUUUUAAAUUUUGAGAA